AUGGACGAUUACGAAAUAGAAGAAAAUGGUUGUAAAAAACCCAUAUAUACGAAACCUUUAAGCGAAAUAAGAAUUGAUUACAUUAUUAAUAACGAUCAUCGAUGGCUUCCCGCGACGCCAAAUUCGCCAAUUUCGCUAAUCUUGCGUCCCGAUAUGGGCGCAGUUGCAAUAUCAAUAGGUGAUCGUGAGGAUGGUCAAUUAUUUCCCCUUAUUGACAAUCCUUUUAAUGAUAUUUUUGAUGACGCUAUGAAACUUGUGUUUAACCUGACUAAAGGAGUUACUACUGCUCUUGGCCAAGACUUUGUAGAUUGUUUACGGGACCAAAUGCACAAGGAACGAUUGCGUGAAAAGUUACAAUCACAUAACCAACAAAUGGACUUAAAGUUAAAAAAAAUGUUUGCUUUAUCACUUAAAAAACAAGCAACUUCUACUGAAUAUGAUAAAAAACAAACAACUUCUACUGAAUAUGAUAAAAAACAAGCAACUUCUACUGAAUAUGAUAAAAAACAAGCAACUUCUACUGAAUAUGAUGAAAAACAAGCAACUUCUACUGAAUAUGAUAAAAAACAAGUAUUUAAUGAAAAACCUGCAAAUAAUGUCAAUAAUAUUUCUAAUAAUCGAUGA